CGUAAUAAUUUAUAUUUACGAUAUAAAAGAUUUUCGAAAGUGUCUUACUGAAAAAUCCGGAGAUUUUUAAUAAAGUGGAAUGCAUCGAAGGGAACCUCACUGAAGAGAAUUUAGGAAUUUCUUCUUCGGAAAUGAAUUUGAUUACGAAGAAUGUUUCGGUGGUGUUUCACUUGGCCGCUUCGGUUAAAUUCAAUGAACCUUUAAGGGAUUCAUUCGUCAACAAUGUGGAAUCGACGAAAAAUCUAGCAGAAGUUUGUCGCAAAAUGAAUAAUUUAUUGGUAUUCGUGCACACAUCGACAGCUUACGCUUUCUGCAAUAGAAAGGAAGUGGACGAAAAAAUUUAUACAAUGUCCAGAACUUGUGAAGAAUUUAAGAAAAUCGCAAAUCUAGAAAAUAUCGAUUCAGCAAAGAUAACAGAGGGAAAUGUUUUCGAAGGUCGACCUAACACCUAUACUUUAACAAAGGCCAUAACAGAAAAUUACUUAAAUAACUUCUGUAGAGAUUUACCUGUAGUUAUCGUAAGGCCUUCUAUAGUAGGUUGCACUUGGAAAGAACCUAUUCGCGGAUGGAACGAUAACCAUAGUGGUGCAGAUUAUUUAAUUGCCUCCGGAUUAAAAGGAAUACUCAGAAGCAUAUUAAUCGACGAAGACAAAAUUUGUGAUUUUAUUCCUGCGGACACAGUGAUUAAUUUGAUGUUGGCUGCCGCUUGGAAAAAGGCGGCGAUUCUUCAUCAAAGAGAAGAUGAAAUCCCAGUUUACAAUUGCACUUCAGGAUAUAUAAAUCCUCUUACAUAUCGGAAGUUUCUGCAGUGUUUGUAUUUCCAUUCUUGGAAUUAUCCAUCGGCGAACACAUUUUUAUAUCCAACAAAAAUGGCCAAGAAGAAUUAUUAUUGGAAUCGUGUUUGCGUUGUUUUGCAACAUCAAUUUCCUGCAAUGUUAACCGAUUUAUUUCAAGUUGCUGUUGGCAGGAAACCAAAGAUGAUGAAUGUAUACAAAAACUUUCAAAAGAUGGUGGAUGUGUUAGGACAUUUUUACAAUAAAGAAUGGAACUUUUGUUCUAAUAAUAUGGAAAAAUUGAUAGAAGCAAUGUCAAGCGAAGAUAGACAGAAUUUCGACUUUGACAUCUCGAAACUCAAUUGGGACGAUUACUUGGAUGACUACGUUUUGGGCAUCAGGAGAUUUGUAUUAAAGGAAGAUGACUCGACCAUUCCUCGAAGUAGAAAACGAUUGUUAAUGAAAUAUUAUUCCAUUUUACUUGCCCAAACUGGAUUGUUUUUUGGAUUUCUUUACAGUCUCACCUUUUUAUCAUUGUAAUGUUUCUAAGAAAUGCUUUACUUUUCUAGAGGAUAAUAUAUUAUAUUACAUUUUAAUGAUAUUACUUUCUCACGAUGUAAAUCGAGACGUUACUCCUGAUAUUGAUAAAUUGAUUUCUGUUUUCGAAUGUAAAAAACUAUAAAGAAGAGAGAUAUAUUAAAGAUUAAUAUUUUUCAUCCAA